GGCAAUUUAAUUCGUGAGAAUCGCAAUAAAUUACCCAUUUUUAGCUCAUAACACCCAACAUUAAAAUAUUUGAUGUUUGGAUUUUCGAGCCUACGAGCGUUAAUUCAUUGAGUUUUCUGCAUCCUGACUCAAUCAACCGCUGGACCUCGGUAAAUCCAGCGUCAACCCUUCUGGUGGGAAUUUUUUCCCGCCGAAAUGAUUGACAACAACAAAACAUUCGAGGUUAUGUCCCAGAAAUGGCGCAGCGUUCAAUAACGUCUUUCUUCAAGAAAUCGGCGACGUCAGAGGAGCAGAAGGAGUCCCCCAGCGUCGUUGAUGAGGCGAAAGAUAAAAAUGGGAAGGAGCAGGCGGAAGGGAAGAGAAAGCGACCCAAUAGAAGCAGCAGCAGUAGCACGAACGAGUCUCCACCGUCGAAGAAGCCCUCGAGCGUAGGAAAGCCGAAAAAACCGAAGUCCCAGGCUGUUGACAAGCCCAAGAGCACUCAGGGUAAGCUCGCCUUCUCGAGAGAACCCCCCAAGGAAGUCCCUGAGGAGAAGAAAGCCCCCAAGAGCAAUGGUGUCGAUGGCAAGAAGAAACCUGGAAAGAAGAGGUCCAGGAUCAUCCAGGAGGAUUCGAGUGACGACGAAUCUCACCUUCCACUGCCAGACAGUCCGGUCAAGUCAGAGGACAAAGAGUCAUCCCCCAGCCCCAAGGAUUCAAACAAACCCUCGAUCAUAAAAUCCGAAUCAAGUUCAGAAUCAGAGUCGGAGGAAGGAAGGAAGUCCCCGGCCGUGAAGAAGCCCCAGGAGAACCUGGCCAGCAUCCUCAGCAAACCCCUGAAGACAUCUCCAAAAGAGGAAAAGUCCUCGGGAUCUGACUCAGACCCUGAGGAGCCUGCGAAGCCCGAAAAAUCCCCGGAGAAAGUCCCCUCGAAGGACAUUCGAGGCUUCUUCGCUGGCAAAUCCCAGGCGAAAACCCAGAGAAACGAGAAAAAGGACUCCAACAGUCACUCCUAUGACCCCAGCGCUGAUAAAUACCACCCGAUUGACUCGGCCUGCUGGAAGAGGGGUGAGAAAGUCCCCUAUAUAGCCCUCACAAGGACCCUCGAGCUCAUAGAGAAGACGAGUGCGAGGCUCAAGAUGGUGGAGAUCCUGGCGAAUUUCUUCAGAUCAGUCAUCGUCCUCACCCCGGACGACCUCCUGGCGAGUGUCUACCUGUGCCUGAAUCAACUGGCCCCGGCUUACGAGGGCGUGGAGCUGGGGAUUGCUGAGACAACCCUGAUUAAAGCCAUUGCCCAGUGCACGGGGAGAACUAUGGCGCAGAUUAAAGCCGAUGCCCAGGAGGUGGGGGACCUCGGGAUCGUGGCUGAGGGCAGUCGGUCCAACCAGAGGAUCAUGUUCCAACCGGCGCCGUUGAUGGUCUCCCAUGUUUUCUCGAAGCUGAGGGAAAUCGCCCAGAUGACUGGGACCUCCUCGGUUGGGAAGAAAGUCGACAGGAUCCAGUCUUUGUUCGUGGCUUGUCGGUUCACCGAGGCCAGGUACCUCAUAAGAUCCCUCGCUGGUAAACUGAGGAUUGGCCUGGCUGAGCAAUCAGUGCUGCAGGCACUGGCCCUCGCCUGUGCCCUCACUCCUCCCAAUCAAGAAUUUCCUCCUGAGGUAAUCAAUGCCAGCAAGAAAGUCCCGGCCGAGAAAUUCAAGCAACAAUACGAAGAGAUUGCGCUAAUCAUCAAGACGACCUACUGCGAGUGCCCGAAUUAUGACCUGAUAAUCCCGGUGCUUUUGAAGGAGGGGGUGAAGGCCCUCCCUGAGAAAUGCAAACUCCGUCCGGGAAUUCCUCUCAAACCCAUGCUUGCUCAUCCAACUAAAGGCGUCCAGGAGGUGCUCACCAGAUUCGAGGGGCACAAAUUCACUUGCGAGUGGAAGUACGACGGGGAACGAGCGCAGAUUCACGUUGAUGAGAGCGGCGUUGUCUCCAUAUACUCCAGAAAUCAAGAGAACAACACCAGCAAGUACCCCGACAUCAUCGGGAGGUUGAAAUCAGCUGUGAAGAAAUCAGUCAAGAGUUGCAUUUUGGAUUGCGAGGCUGUCGCCUGGGACAGGGAGAAGAAGCAGAUACUCCCCUUUCAGAUACUGAGCACGAGGAAGAGGAAGGACGCCAACGAGUCCGAUAUCAAGGUCCAGGUUUGUGUCUUCAUGUUUGAUCUUCUGUAUUUGAAUGGGGAGGCUCUUGUCACUGAGCCCUUUGUCAAGCGGAGGGAGCUGCUGAAGGAACACUUCAACGAGCUCGAGGGGGAGUGGAGGUUCGCCACCAGCUUGGACACCACGAGGAUGGAGGAGGUCCAGGACUUCCUCGAGGAGUCGGUCAAGGGGAAUUGCGAGGGGCUCAUGGUGAAGACUCUGGAGGAAGACGCGACUUAUGAGAUCGCCAAGAGAUCUCGCAAUUGGCUGAAGUUGAAGAAGGAUUAUCUGGAAGGGGUCGGCGACACUCUGGACGUCGUCGUCAUUGGGGGGUACAUUGGCAAGGGGAAGAGGACUGGAACCUAUGGGGGAUUUUUACUGGCUUGUUAUGACCCCGAGAACGAGGAGUAUCAGAGUCUCUGCAAAAUUGGCACUGGCUUCAGUGAGGAUGACCUUGCCAAGCACACGACCUUCCUGAAGGAUCAUGUCGUGCCUCAGGCCAAAGGGUACUAUCGGUAUGACAGCAGUCUCGAGCCUGAUCACUGGUUUGAGCCCGUUCAGGUGUGGGAGAUCAAGUGCGCGGAUUUGUCACUUUCACCGGUGCAUCGCGCUGCUGCUGGAAUCGUCGAUCCUGUCAAGGGGAUCUCACUGAGGUUCCCGAGGUUCAUCAGGGUGAGGGAGGACAAGAACGUUGAGGACUCCACUUCGGCGCAGCAGGUCGCUGAUAUGUACAAAAACCAGGAGCAGAUCGUCAAUCAACAGGGGUCGACUGCUGUCAAUGAAGAGGAUUUUUAUUAAUUUUUCCUCGACUUUUUUAACAUGGCAGUGUGAACGAAGGAAUGAAUCGCAUUUUUUUUUUAUUGUUCCUGUGGAAUUGUACGUGCGGAAUUGUUUUAAUUAUAAUUGUCACUUUGAAUA